UUAGUAGCAUUUUGAACGCUUGACGAUCGCCACAUGUGGGGAGUGUGUCGUGCUCGACGAACGCAGCAGCAGCACAGCACCAAAUCAAGUGGCGAGCCCGCACGUAGCAGCAGUAUUUUGUUUUCGUGUGUGUUUAUCGCAGUGACAUUUUAAGUUUGUCCCCAGUUCCAGUUCGAUUUCCAAUUUCCAAUUCGAUUUGUGGUCAGGCUGAGGACCAUGAUGUUGUUGCCCAGAGAUCUAACGGGUCUCUCGGGUGUGCUUGGCGCAGUCUGGCUGUUUGCCAGCGUUGUGUCCUUUGCGAAUGCGGCAAAGGAAUGCAAUACAACGCUGUGCGACUGCAAAGGCAUCAAAGGACGUAUAGGCGGCUUUGGUUUUAAGGGUGUGCCCGGUCGUGAGGGUUCGCCCGGUGAUGUGGGUCCGCCUGGUCCGCCCGGACGUGUCGGCGAAAAAGGCGAUUUCGGUGAAUACGGCGAAACGGGCGAAAAGGGACAUCGCGGUGACAUUGGCUAUCAAGGCCUGAAUGGUUUGCCGGGCGCUCCCGGCUUUCCUGGUGAUGAUGGAACUGCCGGACCACGUGGUAUCGAUGGUUGCGACGGUCGUCCUGGCGACCAAGGAAUUCCUGGUACGCCUGGUGAGAAUGGAGCUCGUGGCCCAAUGGGCAAGACAGGCCCGCCUGGUGAAACUGGUGAUGCUGGCGAAGGCGGCAUCAACUCCAAAGGAACCAAGGGUAGUAUUGGCGUGCGGGGAGCUGAUGGCGUCGACGGUCAGCCUGGUUUUCCAGGCCCUACCGGCUACAAAGGCGACAUUGGCUUCGCUGGCGCUCAGGGCCACAAGGGUGAGCAGGGACCAAAGGGCUAUAAAGGUGAGAUGGGCGUGCCGGAGAGCUAUCCAAUGUUGCAAGGCGUCGUGGGCGACAAGGGCGAGCCUGGCGAGGGCGAGCCUGGAGCUUUGCGCUAUGAUGAAACUCUCAAGGGCUAUAAAGGCUUUGCUGGGCCACGCGGUGAUCAAGGACCGCCCGGCAUGCCAGGCGAGCCAGGACCAGUAGGACGCAGCGGCUUGCCAGGUCCUAGAGGCGAAAUGGGCGAGCGUGGAGAGCGAGGAAAGCCUGGUCGUGAUGGCGUACAAGGCAGCCCCGGCGAAAAAGGCAUGAAGGGCUCACCUGGCUACAGUGGCGAGAAUGGCGAAGAUGGUCGACCAGGCGAACGUGGUGAGGACGGCUUCGAUGGCACUCCCGGUGUUCAGGGACCCGAAGGACCACCAGGUGUCUACGAUCCCACCUUGGAUAAGUCGCUGCCCGGUCCAGUUGGACCACAAGGCGAUCUUGGACCCCCUGGUAAUCCAGGCUUAAAUGGCAUACCCGGUAAGCAAGGACGUCGCGGUCCACAUGGACCACCUGGACCACCUGGUGAACAAGGACUGAGUGGCAAUCGUGGCCCACCGGGACGCAGCCAGAAAGGCGAACAAGGUGACUACGGAUUGAUGGGUCCACCCGGUCCACAAGGUCCACCCGGAGUGGCUGGACCUCCUGGCCGCACUGGAUUCCCUGGCAAUCCAGGUCUCGACCUCUACGGACCAAAAGGUCAAGCUGGUCAGAAUGGAAUUCCUGGCGUCGAUGGCUAUCGCGGAGAUCGUGGAGAAGUCGGUAUAACCGGUGACAAGGGCUUGCCCGGUGAGGGAUUGAAUAUUGUUGGACCACCUGGCUCGCAAGGUCCACCUGGCAAACGUGGUAUACCCGGAAUAGACGGUGCACCCGGCUUCCGUGGGCGUCCUGGUGACAAAGGCAUACGAGGUGAUGACUGUGGCAUUUGCCAUGCCGGACCACGUGGCAUGAAGGGCGUAAUAGGUGAUGCUGGCUACCCAGGCGAACACGGUGCACGCGGCAUGGCGGGCAUCACGGGCGCUAGAGGACCCAAGGGCAUUCGUGGCAGACCAGGUGUGCCUGGCCAUCAAGGUAUCAGAGGUACAGAUGGCAUUCCUGGUGAGGUGGGUCGCCCCGGCAAACAAGGUCCGCCCGGCCGUGUCGAGUACACCGGCAGCUUAAGAGAAACAGAAAAGGGCGAUAGUGGUGACAAUGGACGCCGCGGUGAUCAAGGUCAACAGGGUGAUCGGGGAGAAGAUGGCUGGCCCGGCGUGCCCGGAGCUAAAGGAGAGCCCGGACUUCGUGGUGACUUCGGUGAUGCCGGUCGUCCCGGCAAGGACGGAUUACCAGGUAUUGAUGGACGCGAUGGUAAGCCAGGUACACCACCAUCCACACCAAAGUUUUACUUAACGGGCGAACCAGGCUACAAUGGUAAAAAGGGCGUACGUGGUGAUAUUGGCAGCCCCGGCUUCAAGGGUGACAAAGGUGAGCCACAUCCUGGUGAAAUAAUUGAGAAUCGUGGCGAGCCUGGUGAUGUUGGAUAUCCGGGAGAGCCUGGCUUCCGUGGACCCAAGGGAGAGACUGGCGAGCCGGGUCUGAAGGGCAUAAUGGGUGAUAUGGGAUUACCUGGUGAAGUGUUCCAGGGACCCCCAGGAGCCAAGGGCUAUAAGGGUGAAAUAGGUGACUAUGGUCCACAUGGUAUGCCCGGUAAGCCGGGUAGGGAUGGUGAACCCGGCUUGCCAGGAUUGGACGGCCCAAAAGGUUUCCGUGGCGAACCUGGUCAAUAUAUUCUUCCUGGAGAAAUCGGUGUGCCCGGCCGACCAGGCGUUAAGGGCAUCAUUGGAGAUGAGGGACCCAUAGGUUAUCCUGGCCCAAGAGGCCCGCCCGGACCAAAGGGUAUCAAAGGAGUGCUUGGAGACAAUGGCCUCGAGGGCCUUAGGGGUUUACCUGGUAACAAGGGACAGCGCGGCGACAUUGUCGUUGGACCCCCAGGACGACAGGGUGAGCCUGGUCGUCCAGGCAGCAUUGCCCCACAUGGAGUUAAGGGUCAAAAGGGUGAAGUUGGACCUCGUGGACAAGUUGGUCAGAAUGGCGCCAAGGGCAGCAUUGGAUAUCCAGGUCGUCGCGGUCCCAUUGGCGAUGCAGGUGUGCCUGGAUAUCCGGGCGAGCCAGGACCCGCCGGCUUAGAUGGUAUACCCGGUGAGCAAGGAGAUCGUGGAGAUAUUGGAUUUGAUGGACGCAUUGGAGAUAUUGGUCCCCGCGGCCUUGUCGGCGAGUUCGGUCCUAAAGGUCUUCAAGGGGAGAUUGGGCCCUUCGGAUAUCCGGGAAUCCCGGGUGUACCUGGUACUAAGGGCGUGCAAGGUGAUCAAGGUGUACCCGGACGUCGCGGCGCUAAGGGUGUCUCCGCUUACAGUGGUAUCAAAGGUGAUCAAGGCGAUCCCGGAUGGCAAGGACCACCCGGCUACAAUGGACCAAUGGGCUUUAAGGGCCAACGUGGUGAGCCAGGCGAUUCAAUGCCCGCCUCUGAUGGUUUGCCAGGUCCAAAAGGCGAGGUUGGUGCGCCUGGUCGCAAUGGUUUGCCCGGCUUGGACGGUCUGAAAGGACAACGUGGGGAUACUGGAUAUACUGGCCAACCAGGAAUUGUUGGUGAUCAAGGCGAUGAUGGCCCGAAUGGCUAUCCCGGACGCAAUGGCCUUGACGGCCUUAAGGGUGAGGCCGGAGAAAUAGGCCUCCCUGGUUUACCUGGAGAAAUUGGAGAUAUUGGCGAUGUCGGCUAUCCAGGCCAACAUGGAAUUCAGGGCGAUGAAGGAUUACCGGGUGAAUAUGGUCAAAUUGGCAACAGAGGCGAAAUCGGAGAUCGUGGUGAUAUCGGUGACGCUGGUGAGGUCAUUUAUAUUGGCUCCCAAACUGAUAUGCGAGGUCCGCCUGGAGAUAAUGGAUUGAGAGGACUUCAGGGGCCAACGGGUCCACCUGGCAUGAUUGGUGCUAUUGGUUAUCCUGGUCCACGUGGAGAGCGGGGUGAUAUCGGAUUCGAGGGUCCUGCUGGCCUUGAUGGUCUACCAGGCCCGAAAGGCGAGAGAGGAGACAAGGGCUUGCGGGGUUUAAUCGGCGAAAGACUCAUUGCCGAGCCGGGUGAAGAGGGUGACAUUGGCUACGAUGGCUUGCCUGGACGUCCGGGCACUCCUGGCCAGAAGGGUGCACCUGGUGAGCAGGGUGAAAACGGCUUAAAUGGAGCGCAAGGACCACAGGGACCAAUGCUCAUCGGACCCCAAGGUCCGCCCGGAGAUUAUGGCUAUCAAGGCAUACCUGGACGUAAUGGCCUGCACGGCAUGAGGGGAAGGAAAGGAGAGCGUGGCGACAUAGGACGCAAAGGUGAAAUGGGUGAAACCGGCUUCAGCAUUUGGGGUCAACAGGGUGACAUAGGCGAAAGAGGUCCGCAAGGUGCGCUUGGCUACAAUGGCGCAAAGGGCGAGGAAGGUGCUAGUGGGCGACCAGGCCGCACUGGCUCAGUCGGCACACGCGGACCACGCGGCCCACUUGGCGAUGCAGGCUGGAGUGGCAUCGAUGGUGUUGAUGGACUACCAGGCGAAAAAGGUGAACCAGGAGUUACCUAUUCGUACACUUACGCCCGACCCGGCGAUCGUGGCGAGCCCGGCUUGGAUGGCUUCAAGGGUGAGCGGGGCGAUAUUGGACCACCUGGCUUGCAUGGAGCAGCGGGUCUCCGUGGCAUAGUCGGCUAUCGAGGUGAUGAUGGUGAGAUGGGCUACCAAGGACCAGACGGCGUUAAAGGCCAACGCGGCGAUAUUGGCGAAAUCGGUCUAAGAGGACGCCCGGGUCUACGCGGUCUGCCCGGCCCACAAGGUGACCCAGCUGCACCACCACCUCCACCUAAGAGCCGUGGCUUCAUUUUCGCCCGACAUUCGCAAUCCGUUAAUAUACCCACGUGCCCAGCCAAUACAAAUAUGUUGUGGGAGGGCUAUUCGCUGUCAGGCAAUGUGGCCAGCAGUCGCGCUAUCGGCCAAGAUUUGGGACAAUCCGGCUCUUGUCUUAUGCGCUUUACCACCAUGCCCUACAUGUUCUGUGACUUCAACAACGUUUGCAACUAUGCUCAGAACAAUGACGACAGCUUGUGGCUAUCUACAGCUGAGCCCAUGCCCAUGUCCAUGACGCCAAUCCAAUCCAGAGACCUCAUGAAGUAUAUUUCACGCUGUGUCGUUUGCGAGACUUCAACGCGCGUGAUUGCCCUGCAUUCGCAAUCCAUGUCCAUUCCAGAUUGUCCAGGUGGCUGGGAAGAGAUGUGGACAGGCUUCAGUUACUAUAUGACGACCUUGGAUAAUACGGGUGGUGUUGGCCAAAACUUGGUCUCACCCGGCUCCUGCUUGGAGGAAUUCCGUGCCAAUCCUGUCAUCGAAUGCCAUGGCCAUGGACGUUGCAAUUAUUAUGAUGCUUUGGCCUCCUUCUGGCUAGCCGUUAUCGAGAAACAAGAUCAGUUCGUGCAGCCACGCCAGCAAACCCUAAAGGCUGAUCAGACCAGCAAAAUCAGCAGAUGUACUGUGUGUCGCCGUCGUGGCGAUAGCUUCUACACUGUCAAGCGGACUUCUGCAUCCCAGUCCAGCUAUAGCUCCGGCUCCAGUUCGGGCUCAAACUCGGGCUACAGCACGGGUUACAACACGGGCUCAAACUCGGGUUACAGCACGGGCUACAACACUGGCUCCAACUCUAGAGACAACUCUGCCAUCAGAUCGGGCUCCAGCUGGUCAACUAAUGCUGGCGCCAAUUUGGGCGCAGACUCGAGAUCUGGUGGUGCAGGUUACGGCUUCAACUCUGGCUCUGGCUCUGGCUCCAAUGCCGGCUUUAGUUCGAGCUCCUGGUCAACAGGAGGCAGACAGCAACCACCAAACUCCUACUCCACAUGGUCAGGUGGCUAUCCGGCAGCGGAAUACCGUGCGCAACCUCAAACAUUGCGUCAGCCACAGCCACUGCCGCCAACGGGCCAAUACAAUCGUCAACAAACUUAUCGUAAUCCAUAUCAAUACGGCGGAGUUCGCCAAAAUCGUCGCUAUCCGCGCGAUGAUACUAACGCUCCUUAGAUCCACAGCUCCGAUUACAUACUAAGUAGCAGUAAAAUAAUAAAUAAUUAUGUCUAAGUCGCUAACACUACCCCAAAUAGAACGAGAUACCAAAUACCCUGCGCAGUGGCAUUUUUUCGAAAGUUCGCUGGGUAAAGAUCUACAAAUCGAAUCGAACAAAAUAAAACCACUUUACAAAAUAUUUGUCUGUCGAGCGGAGGCAAAGCUACUAUAACAACCCACUGCCC